AUGCUCCUAAAAUAUUUUAGAAUUAGAAGAUUACGAUUGCCGCUCUUGGCAUUGUUAGCACUAAAUAUCACCUGGUUUACGUAUUAUCAUGUUAAACAAUCAUUGACACCGAGUGACAUAGAGAUGCUCAACAUAGAUCUCGAUUCCACAGAUCCCUUGGCAGAGAUUUCAACCACAAAUGCAAACUAUGCUGAAGCAGUAGAAGAGUUAAUUGCAAAUAUUCCAAGUUCAGUCAUUGAUAUGAACUAUAAUAUUCCAAAAACUGACAAAGAGCCUAUAUUCCAGGAUCCACGAUUGACUUAUGGAUUGAUUUUGAAUCUUCUAAACAAGGAUCCCUCGGUAACUAGUAUACCGUUCCAUUGGGCAGAUUGGGUCGAUUUGUCACUUUUGAAUCAUCAAAUGAAUAAACCUUUUGAAGAAAGACUCAAAUGUAAAGAUAUGAUACCUCAAAUUAACCUACAAUCGGACGACGAUAAAGAGAAAUGUACUAAUGAUCCACGUUAUUUUGGUUGUAUUGAUACUAAAGAUUUAACAAGUCAAGAGUUGAAGCAGUAUGGUGUGAAUUCACAUGAAGAGUUGCCAGGUUUUAUCCAGUUUGAACAUACAGUUUUUUCUUCCAACGAGUUUGUUCGAAACAUUCAAGCAAAAACAUAUGUGUUGGCCCAUAUGCCAUUACCAUACAAGGUGGUUUUUCUUAAUGAUUAUGGAGAUGAUAUUAUUUUGGACGUACACAAGGGAAAAAUAGAUUCAUUGUUGGAAGAUUAUCACCAAUCUUCAAUUAAUCCACUUUCUGAAUUUGAAAAGUUGAGAUCCCCAAGUGCAUACCUAUCACCAUACUCCCCUGAGCCAAUCAUUCAAAUGACUUCAGAUAUGUUCAACUAUACUAGAUUAGAAUUAAUCAAUGCAGCUGACAAAAUGAGACAAAGAUCUAAUUUAAACAAGCUUGAACAGUCUUAUUUAUAUUCCAUGUUAGCAUCAAUUAAGUCACGCUAUCCUGAAGAUACCGAAGAGCCUUAUUUCAGAGAAGCUACUUUGCGUGUGGACCUGGAAAAUUCGGAUUCAGGCUGGCAUUAUGACUGGAGGUUUUUCAAUGGAAAGUUGAAGAAGAAGGCAAGAACAGCAGUAAUUUUGGAAAGACUAUUACGUAACUGGUUCAAAUUUACCGAGAAAUAUGGUAUUGUAAGUUGGAUAGCCCAUGGUCCUUUAUUGAGUUGGUAUUGGAAUGGCGCAGUUUUCCCUUACGACAAUGACCUUGAUGUUCAAAUGCCUAUAAGACACCUUACUAAAUUAGGGCAAUUAUAUAAUCAAACAUUGGUGGUUGAAGAUUUACAUGAAGGUGUGGGUAAAUAUCUUAUUGAUGUUGGGACAUAUAUUCACAACAGGGAUAUUUCGCGUAAUGAGAAUCACAUCGAUGCUAGGUUUAUUGACGUGGAUAGUGGUGUCUACAUUGAUAUUACCGGUUUAGCAAUUGGGGAAACCAAACGAUUUUCAAGAGCAAAACAAACAUCCAAUAUUCAUGAUAGAAGAAAGCAUUACUACCAAAUUGAUGAUUUAGUCCCCUUGAAAUUAUCUAUGUUGAAUGGUGUCCCUUGUUAUAUAAACAAUAAAGUGGUGGGCAAUCUCCAUCAAGAGUAUCGUUCAGGAAUCAGAAGGAAAACCUAUCAAGAUUACUACUUUUCAGGAAAAUUAAACAUUUGGAUUCAUUUUGAAACCGCAAAGAAAGUAUUCGAAGCCAAUGACUAUCAAAAGCAUAACGGUAUUCUCAAUAAAUUGAAAAUGAGAAAAUUAAUAGACGAAAUGACAGAUGACAAGGUGUUUGAAAUGUUUAAUAAUGAUCAUGAAUUGGCAAUGGAGUACCGAUUAGCUUCUAGCGUACACGAAUUUCAUAUGAAAGAACUUGAAUAUUUGAUCCAUCCAAUCAACAGAUACCGGGUUGAAGAUAAAACUGAAAUCACUGACGAGUAUAAAGAAUUUUUGAAGAAGAACGUUAAAUUACAUGAACCAUUCCGAGAAUCAUUAUUUCAAUAUGAAAGAAUCAAUGGUGGACUAGACGAGUUUUAUGCAAGAGCAUAUAGGGAAUUAGAUAGAAUUGAAGUCUCUGAAUAA